AUGGAUAUGGAAAUUGAGCCAAUGGAAAUAAUAGAUUGCAAAGUAGAAGUAGACGGGAUCGAAAUUGAGCUGAAUUGUGAACAGGAGCAAGUUUUGGAUUGCACGAUGGAAAAAGUUAAAUAUAUGGAGAACAACUCCUUUUUCUUAUUGAUUGGUGGUGCAGCGGGAACUGGCAAAAGUUUGCUUUUGAAAAUUCUUCGUGAUCAAAUCUGUCAACUUCAUGGUGAAAACAGUUGUCUUGUCACUGCUCCGACAGCAGCGUCAGCUGAAAAACUUAACGCCCGUACAAUAGAUUCUACAUUUCUUUUUAUGAAUUACGAUCCAUUUGAACCUUUGCCAAAAGAACAAAAAAAAGCUCUACACAGCAUAUGGAAAAAAUGCAAAGUGCUCAUGAUUGAUGAUAUCAAUUAUGUGAACUCGACGGUAUUUGCUCGAAUUGAUCAUCGUUCACAAGACGUUCUGAACACGAAACAACCAUUCGGUGGUCUAUCCGUAAUAGUAUUUGGAGAUUUAUUGCAACUGGGACCCGAAGAAAGAGCACCUGUUAUAUACAGAGACAUCGAGAGAUGUUAUCGUGAACCACGCGAUUUAACCACUCCGGAUUCUCCAAAAAUUCUUUGGAGUCUGUUUGAAUUGUUCGAACUACAAGAUAACAUGAGAAUGAGGUUUAAUCCAGAAGAGGCUCAGAUUCUUGAGAAAAUUCGAUCAUCAGAUAAUGUUGCUUACGUUCAAAAAAAGUUGUUGGAAGUGUGCAAACUUGGAGAAGACUCUGAAAUCGGUAUAGGCGAUGUUAUGAAAGAAUUGAAAACACUGCGAGAAGCUCAUCCUCAGAAAAAGUUUGUGAUACUGGUUCCAGAUGAGCAUAUGGUGGAGCAAGUCAACCAGGUUCUCACUCAAGUUGGACCAGUUGGAGAUUUCUCUCCACAAGAAGUCACAGUGAAACAAACGAAUACCGUCUUAGUAGAUGGUGCUGAGGAGGAAGAUGACCUUAAAGUAACAAAAGGGUCUCAAGUUGUUUUGACCUGUAAUAUUGAAGAAUAUAAUGUACAUGCUGGAACGUUGGGCACGGUGAUGGAUUUUGAAAAGGAUACGAUAACAGUGGAAUUCCCAUGUGGCACUGUAGAUUUGGAACGUGUCUCUCUCGACCGAAGUAACUGGAAACAAUUCCCAAUUCGUCUUGCCGAAGUACUCACUAUCCGAGAAAGUCAAGGAAUGGAGUUUGACGGUGUUAUCAUAGUUGCUAAAGAGUCCUGGUUCACAUGUGAUAUGACGAUGUUAGAGCCAGGGCACAUGUACACUGCACUAUCUAGAGCGAAGUCCUUAGAACUGUGUCGUAUCACACCACUCGACUGUUUUGGAUGGAAAACGUCAAAAAGUGCUCUCACGGAAUGGGAAAGAUUGCAGAAUAGAGAAGAGAUGGAUUCUAAUAAUGAGAUGAAUAUAGUUCAGACUUAUUUGUCUGAGAAAGUCGAUAGAGAAUAUUGA